CUUUUAUUCUGGCUGAAAGCCGUUAGCGUAGCAUUCACAAUUCUUAGUCUCUAGCCUUCUUUCUACCAUAUACCGAUAUAUUAAAAACAUUUAAUCAGUUCGACGUCCUUUUUUGGCAAUACGCUAGAAUCGAUCAGCUUGAAGAAUUUCUGAUGAAGAUAUCCGCCAUUUCUUUGGAAACGAGCAGGAGCGAUAGAGCAAAGAGGAACACAUGCAUUCUGACCAGCUACCCAACGGGACUGGUGUUGGGACAAUGGGAUUCUAUGCAUACCGAAGAGAAAUCGACGCAGAGUGAAAUGGUCUCACGGGUUCACAAACCGGAACGACAAACUACAUCUCCGGAGCACUCGUAUGCGAAAGUGAAAUCCAAUACUUCAUCUAUAAGCAGUGCUUAUUAUUAUGCAUCCGUUAAUGCAGUGAAAAUAUAUGCCAACGUUUCCUUCGUGAGUCGUCUGUAUAACGAUGUGGCUGUGCAGACGGAAAAUAGUGAGUUACGCGGUGAGUUACGCUCCACAUACUGCCGUCAGUUUUCCGUGUGCUAUCAAUCCUGGUGGAUAUUGCAACGAUUAAAUUGCCCCUCACCCCGCUGUUUGUCGACCAAUACAGGGGCCAUUACCAAGGUCGAUUCAUGA